AUGCAGUCCGGAAUCACAGCGUCCUCGGACCUUCACGAAGCAUUUACCACAUUUACUAGCGAUACCUCUAUCUUCUGCCUCCCGGCCGGCAUAACAUCUGAGUCCCUCACACCUUUGCCAGCGGUCCGCUUCCCUUCCUCUCAUUCCGGCCUCUUCAACAGCAUCCACACUCUCUCCGACCUCCUCACGCCGACCGAUCCCCUCUACUUGUUCCUGCGCCGUGCCCCCGGUUCCAGUGAGCUGAUAGCAAUAACAUACGUCCCCUCACGGGCCCCUGUGCGGCAAAAAACCCUCUUUGCAUCCACACGCAACACGCUUAUGCGCGAGCUCGGUUCAGAAAAGUUCUCCGAAACUGUCUUUUUGACCGAGAGGGAAGAAAUCCUCGAUCCCGCACAAUGGGAUGAGCGCUCCAAGGGCUCUGCGGCCGCGAGCGGCGGGGUCCCCACUCCUGGCGCAAGGGGAGCCGUGGAUGCCGGGUUGCUCAGUGCAGAAGAGAGGGAACUGCAAGCCGUAAAAAGAGCCGAGGAGGAAGAGAGGCAUGGGACACGAGGGAGGGAUCUGAUGGGUGAAGGAGGAAGUGGAGCAGGGCAGGCACAAGGUGGCUUCAUGAUGAAGAUUUCCGAUGAAGCCAAGUCUGCCUUGACGGGUUUCAAGGACACUGACACUUCCGGGGGCAAUAUGGCCGUCUUUGGAAUUGACGUCGCCACUGAAGAGAUCCGGCUGUUGUCCACGAAUGCUGAUGUUCACCCAGGUGCGGUGGCGAAAAAUAUACCAGGCGAUCGACCGAGUUAUACGUUCUACAACGCACAGGGUGUUCCCGGAAGUAUAUUCAUUUAUGUGUGUCCGGGAUCGAGUAAGAUCAAGGAAAGGAUGGUUCAUGCGAGUUCCAGGCUGGCAAUGACCAAACUUGCUGGGUCCGAAGGUGUCGAAAUUGUGAAGAGGCUGGAGGCCGGAGACCCGGAGGAGUUACUGGGUGAGAGGUUAGAACAAGAGGUCAAGACUUUGGUCGCGGCGGCAGGGGUCACUGGUGGAGUUGCUGGUGUAGAAGGCGACGAGAGCUCGGCGCCUGGGUCGGGAACUGCAACACCAAGAGGAGGAUUUGCUAGACCAAAGAGGCCAGGGAAAAGGUGA